AUGCCCGAGUCAGUCCGAGUCACAAGGGCAUCAGAGGUCGAGGAUGUUUCAAGUGGUCAAACUGACGGCAUGAUCCGGCAGUCUGCAAUCGUCAACUUGAUAACACCCCAGCAAAUAGUCGGCACACUCAUGCGAGCGCAAUCUCAUUCGUCUUCAGCUAUUCAUCAUCAUGGUAAUCAGGACACUAUCGUCUAUGCAGUAAGCGGACGUGGAGCAAUAGUGUCGGAAGGGGGAGAGCAAGUUCACAAACUCGAGCCUGGAGACUGGGCGUUGAUUCCUAAAGGAAGAGAGCAUCAGGAAGUCAAUGAGGGAGAUGAAGAGGUCGUUUGGGUGAUCUGCAGAGCACCAGGCGGGACGCCGGAGGUAGUGAAUCUGGUAAGCAUUUCAUCAAUAGAGAUGUGA